CGGCAGCGGCGGCGGCGGAAUUGCGGCGGCAGAGGGACGCGGCUGCUCUUUCCUCUUGCUUUCCUCUCGGCCUUUCUUUCUUUCCUCGCCACUCCCUUCUCUUCCCCGCCGGGCCUUAUGGGGAGCGCGAUGGAGGACUCUAGUGCGAUGACAGCCAACGCACAGGAGUUCUGCCUUCGCUGGAACAACUUUCACUCCAGCCUUGUCACAGCGCUGGAUGGUUUCAAAAAUGACCAAGAUUUUGUAGAUGUAACGUUAGCCUGUGAAGGACAGUUCCUCAAAGCUCACAAAAUGCUGCUAUCAGCAUGUUCAGUUUUCUUCAGAGAUCUCUUAAAGGCAAAUCCAUGUCAGCAUCCCAUCGUUAUAUUGCCUCCAGAAGUGCGGUUUGCAGAUCUAGAGAAGUUACUAAGAUUUAUAUAUCAAGGUGAGGUCAAUGUCCAUCAAGAAAAUUUGGCAAGAUUUCUCAAAACUGCAGAAAUGUUGAAGAUCAGAGGCCUUGCAGAGGACAGUGAAAAGCAAAGAGUUCUUAGAUCAUCGUCCCCAAGACCGCCAGAGGGAGGUGAUUCUGAUUCCGUCAGCCCAAAACGACCCAGGUUAUCCAUUGACGUCCACCAACCUAGCCAAGAACCACAAACACCCAAUGACGACAGCCGGUUAUCAGGCAAUGAUUCUGAUUCGGAAAUGAUUCCUGUUAAACAGGAGAUGGUUGAAUUGAAAGACUGCAGUGAUACUGUGUAUGAAGGUGGGGAUAGUGAGGCAUUCAUCCCUGAGGCGUACCUGAGAGAAGGGGGUUCGGCCUCCUCCUCACAACAGUCCCAACAGCCAGCUCCCCCACACGCACCUCCGCCCCCCGGACCAUUGUUACCUUCUUAUGUUCCACCACCACAAGUCAAGACUCAAGACGAUUCUCCACUAGGACCUUCUGCGCCAGAUGAACUCUCGCAGGAUGGGGCGGGGAGUGUCUUCGCCAACAUGCAAUUCGCACAUGGGCUUGAAUAUAAGCGAAAACGGACAGCCUUCACGCGCCACAUGAUCCUUGAGCUGGAGAAGGAGUUCCUCCUGAAUCAAUACCUCACGGGCAGUCGAAAGAAAGAUAUCGCGCUGAGGUUGCGCCUCCCGGAGCAGCAAGUCAAAAUAUGGUUCCAGAACCGGCGGCAAAAAUGGAAAAAGUCGAAAAUGAAAAAGGACGACGGAUCGUGGAGGGGGGCGAGUCCCGACCAGUCCCCCGGGAGCCAGAGCUCGCAGGCGGGCCAGGUGUCGGGGCUGUCCCAGCACUUCUCCCACCAGCAGGCUUACUCGCACCAACAGCAACGCACACCGCAGCAGGAACAGCAAAAGUCAUCAGAACCGAGGGCAGGACAACAGACGUCACCGCAGGGUCAGGGUUGGUCAGGUCAUACAUCAGGCUUCGGCCACCUGAGCGGCAGGGUCGUGCCCCCUGGCCUCGUGCCCAUCACUUUGCCCUACACCCGCGCCGCAGCCGGGGGGCACACGCCCACCACCAACCCAGGCGGGACGAGGGACGCGGCCCAGGCCAGUCAGACGCCCUCUAAAUCCUCCAGCUUUGACUCACUGCUUUAGUGCACGCUCUUGUCCUGUAGUUUGUUACAGAGUUUACAUGUUGUUUCUGCCAGUGUGAAAGUGUUGCUGCCCGAGACCCCUCCUGCCCCAAGACCGCUGUCGCAGCAGCUUCCCUGCCGUGCGCCUCCCCUGCCAACUCUUUUGUUUGUUCUUGCCUCGUCUGUUUAGCUCGCAAUAUUUAAAUGUUCGUGUGACAUCACUGUAAUACGAUUUUGUCCAAGGAGGCAAGGGAGGACGAGCAGUGGUGGGCUGUUGCUCGAGACGGUAGAGGAGGAGACACCCGUCUCAGGAUUGAGUGUCUUUGUGCUAUUCCUAAGACAGUUGGUGCGCCUCGCAGCCACAGCCUGCCUGGACGGUUUAACCCGGGAGAGUCCUUAUGUAGCACGCGCUCAUCCACAAAUACCAUAUAUUAACCACAUCCCUUGAUGCAUUGUGUACCAAAAUAUAUUGAUAUGUAUUCAGACCGACCUGUCAUUUGGGAGUGACCACAGGCAUAGGCUGCAAGUUGCGUAGCUUCUCAUUUACUGUGAGUGGAUGUGGAGGAAGAGGAACGAGUCUCCCUGGUGUGUUGUGCUUUGUGUUGACAUCAGUAUUGGAAGUGCUUGUGGCUCGGGGCGCCGUUGUAACAAAAACCUCGCAGGCCGGUGAUGGGCCACCUUACACCUUAGUGACUGUAAAGCCUUGGCUAUUAAGUUAUAAUGUUUGUCGGUGGUUGAAGAGUAUUAUGCCACGUGUAUAAUGCCUGCAUAUUUUCAUAUGUUAAGUUGUCUUGAUUGAUUAAUAGAGAAUGCCAUAUGUACAUUGUCAAAAUAUUUUCAUAAUUUGACAUGACGUCACCUAAAUGGACAGUUUAAAAUCUAGUUUUACCCAUUGAUGAUACGGACCAGUAGCUAGAUAGAGCAAUAUGCAAUGGACGUGGUAACAUACUAAUUAGAGGUAGGCCGUAGUCCCAUCACCAGUCAGGACGGCACGCUGGUUGAUCUGGCUGCACGCGACUCCGGUCGCCAUGCAAGCCCUUCGUUUCUUCUCUGUUUCUGAGGCGCUAUGAUCAUUUCACUCGGGCGCGCGCGGCCCAACUUGAUUGAAGACAUUUUGGAUGCGUGUUGUGUGCCGUUAACGUAUGAGUUCUUCACCCUGUGAUCUCGCCUCGCCAUCAUCGCCUGGCCACCAGUCAGCAUGUGCUCAGAGAGCAGGCAUUACCCGGCUUCCAGCAUGACGCCGCCCUCCGAGCGAGGGCGCGCGGCCCCGAAAAGCUCCGAAGGUUCCUAGACGGGUCUCGCGGCCAGACGGUGAUUCCAAAAGGACGCGAGGGAGGUAAACCAGGAUCUGAUUUCGAUUCACAAACUAGUGAACUUUUAUCCAAUGUCGUCAUGAUACUUGUACUACAGCACUACCAAAGCAGCACAUGCGGUUGUACAAAAAUGGGGUAAUGACUCCUCUGAUCAUUGUUUGGAGAUGAUUUGAUUAUAUUUAGGACUUAGUUGAUAUUUAGGUUUGCCUGUGCUUUUCAAGUGUGUCAACAUCGCAGGACUGGAAUCUUAAUAAUGUGCGUCUUUUUAUGAUUUGAUGUCUAGUAAUCGGAGUGCGUUGAUGAGUAGAUGCCAGACUAUUGCAUCGCGACGCCGCCCAGACUCCCUCUUGCACGCCUACCGACUCGCGCCCACUAGGAGGCCGCGUAUCAUGGAGCAAUAACUUUUCAGACAAGACUAUUUGUUAAGUUUCUUGAUGCCAUUAACACGAGCACACACAUCACACAAAUGAUCAUAGUCACUGUAGAUUACUUUUUUUUAACUCAUUCGGUAAAGUAACAUUUAAUUAUGUAAUACAAUUAUUUGUUUCUUUAAAUUACAGGUUGCUGUUAUUGCCAUUAUUAUAGUUAAUGCUAAUAAUAUUAUUAUCAAUAUUUUUUUAAUGUUGAUGUUGAUAGUAGUAUGUAACGUUAACUGUUACAAUUGUUACUCAUUUUAAAGAUGAUAAUGUACCGUUUUCUAGGUAGACGAUACUUUUAAUGUAUGGCAACUUUAACAGGAUUUUAGUCAUUUCUGCACACGAACAUACAGCCACACCUGAGACUUUUAGUUCUUGUUUUACACGCAGCAGUCAGUGUAGUCACAAUACAUCAUAUUGUUAUUGUUAUAUAUCCGUGAAUGUAAUGCGAACACGGGUGUAGUAUCCGCCUUUAUGGAAAUUUCAAUGGCAAAUGUAAGCGUGUGUGUUUUGUUGUAUGUACGUGUUUUUUAUAGUUAGAAUGUGUGUGUGUGUGUGUGUGCGUGUGCGUGUGCGCGCGCGCGCGUGUGUGUGUGUGUGUGUGUGUGUGUGCAUGCGUGCGUGCGUGCGCGCGCGCGCCUGUGCACGUACUUGUGCAUCAUUGUAUGUAUUGCAUGAAUGUGUGUGCGUGCGCACAUACGUGUACAUCCUUGUAUGUAUGUCUUGUAUGGAUGUGUGUGCGUUUCUGGGUACAGUAGAUGGUGUGUGCAUCGACCUCAUGUUGAUGUGUGUGCAUUCAAGCAGCGACUAGUGGAGAGGGAGGCAGCAGAGAACAUGGGUAGGACGUGUUCCAAAGUGACUGCAGUCGCGCCCCGUGUGCGACCUGGGCGGCAGUAGUUUGCGGUACCGGAAUCGAACAGACUGAGUAAUGUAACCACAAACUAAUGGCUUUAAAUCAAACGCACAUGUGUUAUCCACACAAAAUGAUGAAGUAUUAUGAAAAAGCUUUACAGCUUUUUGGUAGCUUUUUGGUUAUUAUGGAUAAGUAUUCAUGUUUUAAUGUUUGAUGACAUUAAGGUGAAACUGUACAUGAUAGAAUAUAUGAUUUAUUAUUAAGUGUAGUCAGAAGUGCAAUGGAGAUAUUCGAAAUAAUGUAACGAAGUCAAAAUUUAAAGUCUGAUUAUUUUAAUUAUCUCAUAUACAAGAAUGUAUAUCUACAACAUGGAUAAUGAUAAGUGAUUUGGUUUCAAUUAAAAUACUUGUAUAUAAAA